UAACAAACGCAUCCUCCAAUGUUUGUGGCUGGGCUCGUUCUGCUCAGUGCCGUUGCAUUGGCUGCGACGCUCAUCUCGUCCUCGCCCAGCAGCAGCAGCAGCAGCAGCAGCAGCAGCAGCUCGAUCGCGUCCGAUGCAGCAUCAGGCUCAUUGUCUCCUGCAUUCAGAUCGUUCCAACGCAACUACAUUGCCGUGUACCUGCUUGCCCAGGGCUGCGACUGGCUCCAAGGGCCGUACGUGUACUCGCUGUACAAGAGCGGCGGCUUUGCGCCGAGCGAGAUUAGCAUGCUCUUCAUUGCCGGAUUCGCCUCGUCGCUCGUCUUUGGCACUCUCAUCGGUGGCAUUGGCGAUCGCCUCGGGCGCAGGCGCAAUGCGAUCGUCUAUGGCUGCGUGGUUGUCGCGACGUGCGUCACAAUGCACUCCCGCCAAUUCCCAAUCCUCCUGCUGGGUCGCGUCCUCGGCGGGAUUUCGUCGUCCCUCCUGCACACGACAUUCGAAGCGUGGAUGGUCCACGAGCACCACCGGAGAGGAUUCGAUCAAGCACUCUUGUCGACGACGUUUGCGCUCGGAACGCGGGGAAACUCGUUGGUCGCAAUCUGCGCUGGGCUCAUUGCCAACUUUGCAGUCUCGAUUGUUGGCAUUCUCGCGCCGUUCGAUAUUGCUGCCGUGACCGCUUGUGCCAUGAUGCUGCUGGUCACAACGACGUGGGUUGAAAACUAUGGCGAUUGCACCGGCACUCCUGCGAGCACGCUGAUGCUUGGCUGGAAGGCCGUUAGCUCGAACGCGCAGGUGCUGCGCCUCGGAAUCACGCAAUCGCUGUAUGAAGGCGCCAUGUUUCUCUUCGUGGUCAUGUGGACGCCUGUACUGGAUGCGGCUGUGGCGCAAGACAGCGCGCCCGAGAGCACACCCGUGCCGCACGGCCUCAUCUUUGCCACAUUCAUGGUGGCGCUGAUGAUUGGCUCGGCGAUUUUCAGAACCGUUUCGGCGCGGUCGACGCCAGAGCGGUUUUUGCCGGUCGUGUUUGGAGUUGCAGCAGCCAGCUUUGCCGCACCGGUUGUUUUUGGCAUGCACACCUUGCCAGUCUACAGCGGCUUUGUCGUGUUUGAGGCAUGCACGGGCAUUUUUUUCCCUGCCAUGGGAGUGCUUCGGAGCUCGUACCUUGCGGCUGAAACCAGGUCGAGUGUCAUGAGCUUUCUGCGCGCUCCGCUCAACGUCAUUGUGAUUGUCAUCCUCUUGCAGCAAUUCGACCACGAAACGACGCUGUGGUUUUGCAUCCUGUUCUUGCUGACUGCCAUCCUGACCAUCCGUGGCUUGCGGCACCGACACCACCCGCAUUCACACGCACCGCAGCACCGCGAUAGUUCACACGUCGUAUCGGCGCAGCAUGUUCAACAUCGAAGGCAAUCUGCUGGCGAGUCCGACCGUUCAUGAUCUAAAGCUUGAGUAUCCAUCCAUGUUUUUG